CCCAUUCCCUAGUUUCCCGCUGGAGAAUAAAAUAGUAGUAAAAGAAAAGAGACGGAGUGAUGGACCCUAUAUCCACGCUGCAGCAUCGCUUUGGCGAAACAGCAGCUCAAUAGUCUCCCUUCACACGCAAUACUAUACUGCUAGGACUAAAAUUUUCUCGUUUCUUUCACGUCUAACAACUCUCUUUCCCAAAUCUCCUGUUAUCUUGGAGAGGAAAUGCAAGUGAUACCCAGAUGGAGAAGUAUAUUGAUUUUGAGGAAUUCAGUGAUUCAGUCAACAGCAAUUGCAUCGACAUCAAGAACCCAGCUGGCUGAUUUUCAUUCUACAACAGUUAGCCUUGAGAGAUGGAACAACAAAUGGCCUUCUGCCGGUAAAAAGACCCCUGAUGUGAGAAGUGGCCAGAAACCAUCUAAGGAUUAUAUAAAAUACAAAAUUCGUCAGAAGCGUGCUGAUACCAAGAAAGCACUGAAAAGUCUACUCUUCAAUAGUGGAGCCUCCAGUUCUGUAUUUGAGGAGACAUUUGCCGAAACAGAUACAACAUGGGAUGUGGAUGAGGAAGAACCUUUGGACAAGAAAGACCAAUCUAAGUCUUCUCAUGCUGCACGUCGUGCUGCUAGAGCUCAUCAUAGGAGAAUGAAGCGUAAGUUAAGAAGAGAGAGAAAGCAUGACGAUGUUGAUGAUCCAGAAAAUAUUUUCCAGGCAUCUUUUGGGAAAAGGUGGUGUAGCUGGUAUUUUUGGAGAGAGCCCUCUUAUCAGAGUUCGACAACUGGAUUUGACUUUAGAGAACAUUCCAACUGGAGUUCUAGAAGACCCAGAGAAUCAGAUAUUGAAAGUGAGGCAGAGUCUGAUACUGAGCCUUGCAUUGACAGCACAAAUUCUGAUAGAAAAGUUCUUGGUUUGCCCCUGAAAGGUCCUCUGCAGAUUCAGGAUGUUAAGAAUGCUUUUCGCUUGUCAGCUCUCAAAUGGCAUCCCGAUAAGCAUCAAGGCCCUUCACAGGUAGCGGCAGAAGAGAAGUUUAAACAGUGUGUAGACGCAUACAAGUCAUUGUGCAGCUCACUCUCAACAGCUUGAGCUUCAAAAUUUUCAGUCCAUUUUCCUCUCAAUUAUUGGGGAUGAUAGGUGGAAGAGAUAGGUGGGUUCUUCCUUGUGUUUAGUUCCGACUGCCCUUUAAAGAAAGCCAAUUAAAUAUAGAAAAUAGGCAAUUACUAUUUUAGUUCACCCACGAUACAAAGCUUCAUGGCUAGCAUUGUAACUUUUGUUUCUCACUAGAGUAAUAAAGAUGGUUGGCCAUUUUUGUGUCAACAAUAUUGUUAGGUGGAGUAAAGGUUGUAUCAUUAAUCUUUUGCUAGAAACCAACCAAUCCAAUCAAAAGUCAAUUGGUGUCAAUCCACAAAAUAUAAAGUGCUUUUCUUCUCCUCUCUAGAGCAACUGCAACUAAUUCAUGGUUGGAUAAGAUAUUGAGGGCUCUUGAUGGAGAAAAAUGACAUAUUGGUUAUGUUUUACAUUGACAAGUUCAUAUGAAUAACUCCCAAAGUAAAUGGUACAGAUUGCCUGAUUAGGUCUUAAACUCUUGAGGGAAUGAGAAAAUGUGGGUAUAAAAUGGACUGGUGAAGCAAAUGUACAGCUCAAGAUGUAUAAUAUCAGCAUGGGAGAAUGUUUUGUCUUCUUCAGUCCAAAAUGUUCAGUGUGACAGCAGCUUGAAAGAGAGUCUACACAUUCUGUCCAAGUUCAACUUUAUUGGUUCAGAACAUGAAUAUGUUGCUUUCUUAAUGUUUAUCAUUUAUUACAACAGCAUACAUUAUACCUUUCCUCA